AGUCCGCGGACCAAUCAGACUCAAGGCCUGGCUCCUUCACAGCAGGAGUGUUAGGGAGGAAGUGGAGCUGUCCCAGGUGCCACCCAGGUGGUUGAGCGUGGUCAGCAGGAGGGAACCAAAGGGGGUGCGGCCAGCGCUGCUGCCAAUCAGUGUCCACUUCAGGUUCGAGGCGCCAAAAGCGAGCUGAGCAUGUGGCCUACCGCCGCUCCCCUCUCGGGCUUGUGCUGCCUUGAGUGUAUGUGAGGCCAAGUGGGGAGAGGAAGGAACAGGGGCUGAAUCGGUGAGUGCCAAGGUUUUUCUUAGUCUUCGGGCUUGGGCCUGACCCUGGCCAAGUUGGGGUAUGGAGUGGUCACCAUGAGGGUCAGGAAAUGAAGGCUGAGGGCUUUCCGCCUUGGGGCCUCUCCUUGCCCAGGAGAAGCUGAAAAUAAGGCCUCCUGGGCACCUUUGGGCCCAGGCUAGGCAGAGGCCAGGCCAGUAUGCCAUAAGGGUUGGUCCAUGGUCCCUGAGGCCAGCCUGAAUUGGAAAUGUGUGGAGUGGCGAUUGGAUAUCCUUGGAGCUCUGGGGGCAGGUCAUUGGCCAUGAGAUAUGGCCUCUGAACUGUGAGUGGUUGCCUGGGGUCUCUGGACUGAGUCUGGAUCUGGUGACUGGAAAGAAAGGCCUGUGACUUCUCCAGAGUUUAUUGGGAGUCAACGACCAAGAGAUGGAACUAGUAUGCUAGUGAAACUAGAUGAAAGUUUCCUGGAGUCUUUGGAUCCAGUCUGGACUGAGAGUGAGUGGUGAUGAGGUUGAAAGCCCAGUGGGAAGUUGUCAAGCAUCUUUGCGUCUAGGUGCUGGGAACAUGUGGCUACAAGGCUUUUGGGGGUCUCUGGACUCCAGGUUGAAGUGCUUUUGGUAGAUUUGCCAUUUUGGGGUCCAGGUUGGAUAACAUGGCCAGGAGGUUAGGCCUGUGGGCUUCUGAAGGUACUGGGGAGGGAGUCUCCAAAUCCCAGCCAGGUUGUUUGCCCCCUAUGAAGUAUUUUAGACUUGUGGUGGUUUUAGACAGAACUAGAAUUGGAUUGUGUCUAGGGCUUUUCAGUCCCUGUCCCCAUCUUCUCCCCAAACCCUUUCUAGUCAUUCCCAGAUGUCAGGCUGUAAGCAUGGAGCAGGUGCCUGGGGAAGAUGGAUGUUGCUCUGGAGCACAGGAAGAGGUGUCUGAGUUGUUUGGAAAAUCACCCAGGUUGUCUUUACCAAAGAUAUUCUUAUAUUUUAUGGGGCAGGAUAUUGAUAUCUAAUUUCAUUCAGCAAUUCAAGCUCUACAUGGUAUGAAAGCUUUCAGUGCUUUCAUGUAUACCCAGAGUUCUUAAACCAGGAGUGGGGGACACAGGGGGUGGUCUAUGAGUGGAUUUCAAGGGUCUGUGAGCAUCUGGAAAUCAUAAGAAAAAUUGUGUGCAUGUUGUAUAUUUUGGAGGGGGAAAGCAACCACAAGGAUAAGCAAGGAGUAUUUAACCUGCUCAAGGAUGGGCUUCUGAGCAGUCUGAAUCCCUUGUCACUCACAUGCAAAAUGGUAUGCAUAUUUUCAAUUUCCUGAUGUAAAGAUCUCAUUCCACAGCUUAUAAUUUUAAAAGGGAUGGUGACCCCCUGAGAAGUUAAGAAUCACUGAAGUAAAGCAGGCACCCAUAUUAUUUAUGGGGCCUAGGCAAGACUAGAAAUGGAAUUCCCCCCUUUCUUCCUAUACCUGGUGUUGGCACACAUGUCAAGGUGUCUUGCAUACUAGCCUCCAUGUCCAAGCUCAGUCAAUAUGCCCUCACACACAAUCAGGGCCUAGGAUGUGCACAUCAGUCAUACAGUCCUUUCUCAUGGGUUGAGGCACAUGUAGACCCUAGAGGUAGACCAUCUGGGCCAGAAGAUCCAGGGUUUCAAGUUCCCAGAGCACGGUCUAGAAUUGGGGGCCCAGGUUCCAGGUGGGCACUUCUUAGAUGCCCCUGGAGGGCAUCCAAGUGCUCAGCCCACAGGGAGGGAUACAAACAGAGGGAGUCAGAGUGGGACCCUCUGACUGGGUUCAAGGCAAUAUUGGUAUUCAGUACUGGUCUUGAAAACAGCCUCUGUUAGGAAGUUGAAUGCCUCAGAAGAGUUAGGGCUGAAGAAAAAGGCCAUCUACUGUGAAGAUGCAGUGUAACCUAUAUUUUUCCACUUCUAAUCUAGUUCUUUUUCCACUUAAUCCACAAAACAUAUACUGCGGUAGGGUCUCUAUGACCUCUCUUCAGUUCAUCUGACUAUGACUAUAUCUGGUUCUUGGGUAAAGUAGAACAUAGAUUUAAGGAAAGAAAGAAACUAAUUCACUGUUGUGUCUCUACUAUGUGUUGAUGUGCUUAACUAGAAGAGUGAACAUUUGAAAGUUUAUGUAAGAUUUGGAUAAUGGGUCUUAUCUAUGUAAAAUGCUGUGGGAAGUUUAAACAUGUUAAUUUACAGAAAGAGAUGUGCUCCUGGGAAGAGUGGAAAGUUCAUAGAAUUUUUCUAAAUAUAAUCUUGCUUAACUGGACUCUGGGGGUGCUCAAUAUUUAAAAUAAGUGAGAUAAAAAGAGAACAUUCUUCAUAAACAAAUCAUCAUCCUUCUAAUUAGCCUAUUCUGAUGGUUUGAUUUUAAUUGUAAUAUUUAAAGAGAAUCUAUGCUUGUAUUGCUGUGUUAACAUUUGUACAUCAAGUUGGGUUGUGUCUGAAGGGGCUAUGAAGGGGCUUAUGGUCCAACCUAUUAGUAAGAAUAAAAAACAUUAGACUUCAAACUUACUUAGUAAUAUGAGUAUUAGAAAGGACAGAGAAGCCAAAAUCAUAUCUCCUUUUCCUGCAUACUUCUCUUCCAGUUAUGCCCUACCCAAUCUGUCCUACCCAUUCCACCCUCUCCCAGGAUGCAGGCUUGUGUCCGCAGAACGGGUGGUUUCCUGGCUCCACUACAGGGAGAGAGCUGCAGGUGAUUCCUACCAAGUCAGCCUGGGAGGUGCAAGGUGGACAAGGUUUCUGAGACUGGGGAGGAGAGAAAAGAGCAGUGUCUCCAGCCCUCCAAGUCAGAGGGCUAUUUGCUUCUGCUUCUGCUGUCGCUGCUCAGUGCCCGAUGGCCUGGGCUGUGCAGUCAAGGCUGUAGGGAGAGAGGACCUAGAGCGUCACCAGCCCAAGGGCUGAGGUGUAGAGGACCCUAGAGAUACCUCUAAGGAGGCAGUCUUGAAAGGGAUAUCCUUAGGUGGGUAGACACCAAGUGGGAGGCAAGAUGGGGUUCCCCAUUCUUGGGGGCUUUUGUUCACUGAAUGGGGAGUCCCCUUGCCCUUCCUCCUCCCUUUUAGGUUUCCUGAAAGCCCAUUGACACUCUUCGGCAACUACAUUUAGCUUACAGAGAAUACUGCCCUUUGAGUACAAUCUCCAACUCUGUCAGUGGGCAAACGCCAGUGGGGGAGCUGAGUCACAGGCACAUGAUACAGGGUUAGGAGGUGAAGGGGACCAAGCUCCACUGGAGGAUGAUAUACUCUUCCAGACCCCUUGUAUCUUUCCUUCUACACUUGGGUUUUACCCUCAUUGCUUUGCCCCACUUAUUCCAUUUCUUCAGGGAUUGUGUAUUUCUGUGUCAGAAGAAGGAUGUUUGUAAACCUACCUAUCAGGGAUUGGUGGUUUUGUGUGUCCAAGCCAAGUAUCUUUUAUAUGGGUAUCUAAUGAGUCCCUGGGUGUGGUGGUAUGAAGAGUUAGAAAGCUCAGAAAUGGAAAAUAAAUUUAACGGUUCAGAGUAGCAAAUGAAUACAGCUUGCCAUUUGCAUUUUCCCUUUCAUUCUGACUCAUCUUCCCCUCUCCCCACCCUAUUAUUGCCCCUCGACCAGCCCCACCCACUGACACACCCUGUCUAACCUAGGAAGGGUUAACAUCUGCCUGUACCCAAGCUAGAGUGGUAGAGGAAAAUCAUGUUGGGUCUGGAGGCAGACAGUAGAAGGCUGGUCUGAACAUUUUGGGGUCCUGGAACCAAAUAAAGAAACAAGAGUUUUGAGACAUAUUUGAGUCUAGAAGGGGACCAGAUCUACAGGAGAAACGGAGGGGGAACUAGACUGUGUCCUGUCACCAGAGCAGUGACCAGGACUUGACUUGUUUAUCUUCCAGUGAUUUAUUGGGCAGAUACGUUCUGCCAGGCACAUAUCAUAAGUGUGCCGGUUGAAUGAACAAUUUGCACAGGAUUGAGAGAUUUGGAAUAAUAAGAAACAGAAAAAGAAAUUUGAGCCUCUCAGACCUCAUCCUUUCCUCAGGUUAAAGAGUGCUACAGUGUGAAAAGAGGGGAAAUCUCUUGAGGACCUUGACCCCUUGGGCAGGAAGUGAAAGAAACCCCAGAGUCCUGAUUUCAGAGAAAUGUCAUUUGUCAUCAACCCAAGAAAAGGAGUUUUUCUCUUCGAAGACCACCACAGGCCCUUCCUGGGGUGGCCCCCUUCAGAGCUUGAGAGGAGGAUCUGAGUCACCCACACACCCAGUCCCCAGUGGUGGCCCAGAAGAUAGGGGUCAUUCCCACACAGCAAUUAAGACUUCCUCAUACCAAGUCCGGUAAAGGGAGGAGGCGGCGGCAUGCUUUUAGUCUUCCCCUACUCUCCUUGGAAUCCAGAUGUUUUAGUCCUUUUUGCUUCUGAGGUAGUAGAAAUGGCUUCCAGAUGCUAGAGCUCUACUGACACCGGUCAAAAAGAGAAUUAAUCCUAUCUGAAUGAUGCUCUGUCCUGCCAGACCAUUUUCCCAUUCAUCAUGUCCUCUUAUCUACACCCUUGCUUCCAAAUGAGGUAAGCAAAGGUUAGCCCUAUUUCAUAGAUGAGGUAACUGAGGCUCAGAGAGGUAACUUGCCCAGGGGUGACUCAACUAGUAAAUGGCAGAGAUAUGACUCAAAUGCAGGUCUGAUUAUUCCAAAGUUCUUGUUGCCUCAGACACACUCUUUGACUCUAGAAGUUCACAAAUUUAAUAAGGAGACAGGUUGGGAGGCAGAAUGUCUUAGUUCUGGAAGUAGAAGGGGUGGUCUCUCCUGUGAAGCACAGCCAGGGGUAUAAAACCACACCCCCUUGGGGAACUCUGGCAGACUGGGACACCCAGUGGAAGACUGUGAGGUCAGGGGCGGGGCUAGCUCCAGGGGGGGCCCAGGAGCCCCAACAGCAGUUCAGAGCAUGUGGUGUCCAGGAGGAAGCUACAACCGGUGAGUGGUUGCUUCUCCCCAAUAGAGACUUUCCUCCCCUUUCUGUCCACUUCCUGCCAACCUGUGGCCCUCUCCCUGAGAUGGCCAGGCAGCACCCUCCCUCUCACAGGGCUCCUUACACCAAGGAAUAUAUGCCUGCUGGGGGCUGAGACAUUUAGGUCUGCCUCUUAGUUUCUAGGUUCCCAGUUCUCUUCCUAAAAGCCCAUGUGGUGGUUUGGAUGGGUGAUAAAAUUCUGCCUUGUUGGGCUCUAUCUUUCUGUUCUUUGCUUUUGGCCUACGAAAAACAAAAUUAAACCACCUCCUUAUUCUAAUAUCGAGAGGAAAUAGCUUCCCCCUCUACAGUUCCCGUUUUCUUUUCUCCUGCCUCCUCAGGGGUCAAAGUCUUCUCCAAAAGCCCUCUCCAUCCGUGGGUUGGGAACCUUGUCUCCUGUGGCUUCUCACUUCCUCUCUUAAAUCACUGGAUGGGAGUCUCUGGUCUCUUCCAGUUCCUUCUCAAAGGAUGUGUUCUGGAAAUUUCAGCCCCAGGGAAAGAAUCGAUUGCUGCUUUAGAGGUUACCCUCCUGCAGCUAGGACCCAUCUUCCUUUCUGCAUCCCAGGACCCUCUGCUCAAUGUGAGGGGCUUGUGGGCAGAGGACACACUAGCUUUCUAAACUCUCCCACAAAGCCGUAUCUUGCUCUAUUGAUGAGGAAAGCCUGGCCUGCCCAGAGGUCUUUCCCUGCAGAGAGGCUUGGAAAAGCAGAAAUAUCAAUGUUUGCUAUCUUUUAAGUCAGACUGCCAACUGGCAGGACCCAUCUAUACUAGUUUUAAGUCCACUACUUGAUAUAGUUGUUACCUGCCUGGUCCUUGUUCUGAAUUUGUUCUAAUUUCCAUUCUCCUGCCACCCCACCCCCCAGCCCCAUUAUGAUUCUGGUUAAGUUCAGGUCCUCUCUUGGGUUAGUUUAUUUGUUCCAUUCAGGACAAAGAGCUAUGACCCAAACCCAGCAACUCACUCUUUCUUCCCUCACCUCCACAGGCUUGAGAAUAUGCUGUUCCUCCCUCCCCUUUCCACCACGGACCCCACACUGUGGCCCCUUUCUCAGAACCUCUGAGACUGGUACCAGGCAAGGCACAAUGCCACUGUUCCCGACAAGACUGCCUAGCCCCUACGGCUCUGACCGGCUGGUACGGCUAGCAGCCAGGCUCCGGCCAGCACUCUGUGAUACCCUGAUCACUGUGGGGAGCCAGGAGUUCCCUGCCCACAGCCUGGUGCUGGCAGGUGUGAGCCAGCAGCUGGGCCGCAGAGGCCGCUGGACUCUAGUGAAAGGCAUCAGCCCUUCCACCUUUGCCCAGCUUCUGUACUUUGUUUAUGGGGAAAGCAUAGAGCUGCAGCCUGGGGAGCUGGGGCCCCUUGAGGAGGCAGCCAGGGCCCUGGGGGUGCAGUCCCUGGAAGAGGCAUGCAGGAGGGCUCGAAGGCACAGGGCUAGAGAAGAACUGGGUCCAGGACUGAAAGAACAUCAGGAGGAGCCAGAGAAACCCAUAAGGGAUUCUGAGAGAGACCUCGGGGACCUUGGAGAGAACCAGAGGCCAGAGAAGUCUGUUAGAGCUGAUAGGAGAGAACGGGAGGCAGAGGCAGUGCAUGGGCACAAGCCACCAGGAGAGAACCCUGAGAUGGCAGAGGCAAUGCGGGAGGAUCAGGGGGAGCAGACGAGAUCAAGGGAGAAACUCAACCAAUCUGCCAUUGGCCAUGGAGGAACAGAUGGGAAGCAAGAAGCAAUUAUGUGGGUGAGGGAGAGUUCAGGGGGAUCUGAAGAAAGUCUGCGGGAGUUCCCUGGUCCCCUGCCCCCACCAGGUUCCCUCCAAACCAGCAUCAUCCCCAGCCCCUGGUGGGCUGAGGCCCCUUGGUUGGGGAAGGACCAGCCUGCUCUGUGGAGCAUCCUGCUGUUGCCGCCCAGAUACGGCACUCCCUUCUCCCAUAGCACUCCCAUCCCGGGAGCCUGGCAGGAGGUCUGGCCUCAGGACCACAGGAUCCCACUGUCCCUGAACCCCCAUGAAGGUCUCUGGAGCCAAAACCAGUUAGCCUCCCCCAGCCCCACCCCAGGUUCUCUCCCCCAGGGCCCUUCUCAGCUCAGCCCUGGGGAGAUGGAAGAGUCUUGUCAGAGGCACACAGGUGCACUUGCAACCUGUGUGGGUUAUGUGGGCACAGCAGACCGCUCAACCUGCCAACAUCCUCCCCCACCAGCUCCUGCUCGGUCUCGGCCUUACUCUUGCUCUGUCUGUGGAAAGAGGUUUUCACUCAAGCAUCAGAUGGAGACGCACUACCGAGUCCACACAGGAGAGAAGCCCUUCUCCUGUAGCCUCUGUUCCCAGCGCUCCCGGGACUUCUCUGCCAUGGCCAAGCAUCUGCGGACGCACGGGGCCGCACCCUACCGCUGCUCUCUGUGCCAGGCCGGCUGCCCCAGCCUGGCCUCCAUGCAGGCACACAUGCGAGGCCACUCGCCCAGCCAGCUCCCGCCAGGAUGGACCAUUCGUUCCACUUUCCUCUACUCCUCCUCCCCUGAGCCUUCUCGGGCCUCGACCUCUCCCUGUAGGCCCCCUUCCUCCACCACCUGAUGGGGUGUCGGUAGCUUCUUUGGCUUCAGCCAGGAGUAAAAUUAAAGAAUGAAAGAAGACGGGCCGACGAGUUGGCUAGGCUUCUGAUCCCGCAGCACGGCUACAACAGCCUAGCAAAUUCAAGCUCCAAGAAGGGCCGCAGGUAGGGUGCCGAGAACGCUCUCCCAGAUGACCGCGGUCAGCAGAAGCCUGGGCCAGUUCUCGUGUGGGGAGGGCAGUGACUUUUCCACGACAGAAAGUUAACUAUGCGGGGACUGGCGAUUUCAUCACCAAAAUAAAGUUUCCUGUGCCCUCCUCUAAGGAAAGAAAGCCUAGUCCAGAUUUCAGUCUGCGCGGGCUGGGGGUAGCAGGGGUGCGGACAGUCUUGCCCCUUGUCCUGUAGCGGCCCCUAGUGGCCUUUCUUCUGCUGUUCAGCGCGGCAGCCACAUGCGUCUCCCGUGGCUCUCCGGCCUCCCCCGGAGGCUGUGAGGGCUCGGUAUCCACGCUGACUUAGUGGUGUCCAGCCUUGGUUGUGGUGGGAGGCUGUGAGAACCCAAGCUGCUCGUCCCUCAUCACAGCAAGUAAAGGGGCACGGGGUCUGAGUCCCGGCCCCGCGGCCCAGGGCUCAAGAGGAACGCAUGCCCUGCCCCUCUUUCGGCCACCUGUCUCUUCUCCUUGAGCACAAGAGCCGAAAGGCUGCGGCCUCCUGGGCACCUUCCCUCCACGCUGUGCGGAAGAGCUGCCAGGUCGUGCCUCGAACUAAGUCUAACCCUCUGCCGCUGCCCCUUCCCCAGCCAACGCCUCCUGCAGUGGCCAACUUCAUUUCCCAGGG